AGUCACUUCCUAAUUAACACAAAGUGUCCAAUGCCUCAUGAAAUGGAUCGUUCUAGGGUUUCCACAGCCAAACUCCUCACUUUGGUCGUCGACGGCGACUACUACGGCGGUUCAUCGGCCGCCGUUCCCUUCAAAUGGGAAUCUCAGCCCGGAACUCCCAGAAGAUUCUUUAAACGAUCCUCCUUGUCCGGUUUCGAUUCUGAUUCUGAUUUCAGUUCUCCGGUUUCAUCACCACUCACACCUCCUCCUUCUUACUUCUACGCUUCUCCUUCAUCUUCCUCUACAACUACAAAACCCGUAAACCCUAAAAAAGCCAACACUCUCUUUGGUUCCUUGCUUCCCAAGAAUCGUAGCUCCCCGUCGUCUCCUGUUUCUUCUUCUUAUUCUACUUCUUCUUCGUCUUCAUCAACAAGGUCGCCCUCGUCUUCGGUUCCACCUUCUCCAUCGAGGACAUCUGAUUCGAGCAGAAGGAGGAACAGAAGGAGAUCAAUGUGGUCCGAAUCUGCUUCGAGUUUAGACUACGGAUCAUCCAAUCAUUAUGCAAGAACUUCAGGAUGUUACGCUUCCAUCGUCAAGGUGUUACUCAGAGAUGUUAAGUGAUUCUGCUUGCUUCUUUGUUCAUCUUUCUCCUAAUCUGUUAUUAGUUGCACUUUUUUUGUAUUCUCCCAAAUAA